AGUUGCGGGGUUCAAGGGGAUGACAACCAUUGGACUUUUGCAGUCUAAUAAAAGCAUUCGGCAAAGGAACCAAACCACGCACAACAUAAUACAAAAGAAGAGGCGUGCCCUCGGCAGUCUCUCACAUCUUCUCCAAUCCAACCAGACUCCAUGGAUGAUUCAAAAUCUCAAUCUCAUGGUCACAUAGUGAUGCUACCUUUCAUGGCCCAUGGCCAUCUCAUCCCCUUCCUCGCCCUCGCCCGCCGCAUCUGCCGCCAAGCCCCUUUCUCCGUCACUCUCGCCACCACCCCUCUCAACCUCCGGUACCUCCGCUCCACCAUCUCCCCAGACGAUGACGACUCUGGAAUCCGCCUCUACGAGAUUCCAUUCUGUAGCUCCGACCACGGCUUGCCCCCCGACACCGAGAACACCGAGAACUUGCCGUUCAAUAAGAUCGUGAAGCUUUUCCACUCAUCUGUGUCCCUCGCUGGUCCGGUAGAGUGCCUCAUCUCCGACAUAACCACCGAAGAGGGCCGGCCACCUCUUUGCGUGAUCUCGGAUGUGUUCUUGGGUUGGUCCGUGGACAUCGCCAAGAGGCUUGGGACGAAAAACAUAGCCUUCACCACGGGCGGCGCAUAUGGCACUCUGGCUUACAUCUCUAUCUGGGUUCACCUCCCGCACCGGUCGACUGAUUCUGAGGAGUUCUCGGUGCCUGGAUUCCCCGAACAGUGCCGGUUCCACCGCUCUCAGCUCCACCGGUACAUUCGAGAGGCGGAUGUUACAGAUGAGUGGUCCAAGUUCUUUCAGGUUCAGAUCAAGCUCUCUUCGGCCUCAGAUGGUUGGUUGUGCAAUUCAGUUGAGGAAAUUGAGCCUCUUGGGUUUGAUCUCUUGAGGAAGUACUUGAAGCUCCCUGUUUGGGCCAUUGGUCCACUAGUCCCUUCUCCCCUGCUACAAAAAUCAUCUCCAAUCUCUCCCAACUCAAGUUUGAAAUCCCUCCAAAAGCAUUCGGGAAAAGCUUUUGGUGUGUCCCUAGCGAAAUGCCAAGACUUCCUCAAUUCCCAUGGUCCAAACUCGGUUUUGUACAUUUCCUUUGGUUCACAAAACACUAUAAGUCCUAGCCAGAUGAUGCAGUUAGCCAUUGGUUUGGAAUCAAGUGGCAAGCCUUUCCUUUGGGUCAUUAGGCCGCCGCUCGGUUUCGAUAUUAAAGGCGAGUUCCGACCCGAGUGGUUGCCGCCGGGGUUUGAGGACCGAGUGACCAAGAGCAAGAAGGGCUUGCUAGUGCGGAAUUGGGCCCCACAAUUAGACAUCCUCUCGCAUGGCUCGACGGGAGCAUUCCUAAGCCACUGCGGAUGGAACUCGAUCAUGGAGAGCCUGAGCCAAGGGGUGCCCAUAGUGGGGUGGCCGAUGGCAGCCGAGCAGGCGUACAAUGCCAAGAUGAUGGUCGAGGAAAUGGGGGUGUGCGUGGAGCUUAUGCGCGGGGUCGAGAGCCGGAUCGAAGCUGAGGAAGUGAAGCGGGUGAUAGAAUUGGUGUUGGAAGAGGAGGGAAAAGGAGGGGAGAUGAAGGAGAGGGCCAAUGCAGUGAUGGGACAAAUGAGGGAAGCUGUGAAAGAAGGCAGUGAUGAUGAGAAGGGGUCUAGUGUCAAGGCCAUGGAUGAAUUUGUGAGGACUGUUCUAGGUGACUCCACAAACGGUACAUUUCCAAUAGAACAAAUUAGAAAUUCGAUUCAGUCGGCAUAUGUUAAUCGAAGCGGAUAGUUCCGCAGGUCACGGCCAUGUCCUCAAGCAAUAGAACCCAAGAGUUAGGGUUUUGCUCAUUUUCUUGAA